CAGUCGGGAAAGAUACCUUUUGACCCAGCUUAGUGGCCGUAGGCGGCCGAGCGCCGGCGGCGGGGCAUUGUGGGAGAAGAUGGCAGCCGCCGUUCACCCGCGAGUUGUCAGGGCCCUGCCAAUGUCACGUUCUUCUGUUACUACAAUAGCCACAUCUGUGUUUCGUGGCCCACCCCAGCGCCAGCUUCAUCCUGCACUCACACCUCAUGGGAAAGGUGGGCGUUCCUCAGUCAGUGGGAUUGUGGCCACUGUGUUUGGAGCAACGGGAUUCCUGGGCCGCUAUGUUGUCAACCACCUUGGUCGCAUGGGGUCACAGGUGAUCGUCCCCUACCGGUGUGAGCCAUAUGAUACCAUGCACCUUCGCCCAAUGGGUGACCUGGGCCAGAUUAUCUUUCUGGAAUGGAACGGGAGAGACAAGGACUCGAUCCGAAGAGCUGUGGAGCACAGCAACGUGGUCAUCAAUCUCGUUGGGCGAGAAUGGGAAACCAAAAACUUUGGUUUUGAGGAUGUUUUUGUAAAGAUUCCCCAAGCAAUCGCUCAAGCGUCCAAGGAAGCUGGAGUUGAAAAAUUUAUUCACGUUUCACAUCUGAAUGCCGAUAUUAAAAGCUCUUCUAAAUAUCUGAGAAAUAAGGCUGCUGGAGAGAAAGAAGUGAGAGACGCAUUUCCAGAAGCUACCAUCAUAAAGCCAUCGGACAUCUUUGGAAGAGAGGAUAGAUUCCUCAAUUAUUUUGCAAGUAUUCGAUGGUUUGGUGGUGUCCCUCUUAUUUCCUUGGGCAAGAAGACAGUGAAACAACCAGUAUAUAUUGUGGAUGUCACCAAAGGAAUUAUUAAUGCAAUUAAGGAUCCAGGUGCCAGAGGGAAAACUUUUGCCUUUGUUGGGCCCAGUCGGUACGUCCUCUUUGACCUGGUGCAGUACAUCUUUGCCGUGGCUCACAGACCCUUCCUGGCAUACCCUUUGCCACAUUUUGUCUAUCGGUUUAGCAUCUUGAAUGAUCACACACUGAGGUCCUGGUCAGGGAGACUUUCACAUCCAGUUUGCCAGAGAUUGACUGAUGAAGCAACACGGCAGCUCACUUCUUCAUUCGUUUGGUCAUUCAGUCAUUCAACAAACAUUUCUUGUUGCCAACUGUGUCUUAGGCAAUGUACCAGGCACUCAGGAUGUUACAGUAAACCCUCGAAAAAGCUUCUGGCCUAACAGAAGUAUCAGAGAGAUGACAGUUAGAAGGCAGUGUGACGGUGAUGUUUAUUGGGAGUGUCCCGUCUUUCACGCUGCCUCUUCAUCUCAUUUAACACUCGCGCGACUCUGAGGUGAGCGGGGCAGAGUGGGGACUGAGUGGAAGAGCAGGGCUGAGGAGUAUCUCCGUUUAAAGGACCAGCGGAGCAAGAGCAGUUUGUCAGGGGGGCCAGAAGAGAGUAACCAGAGGCUCAAGUGAGAAAGGGAGAGACUUUGGCCUCCUGGGCACCAAAGGAAAGGGCGUGCUUUGAGGAGGGAAUGCCGUUUAAGGAGAGGAGCUUGGCUAUUUUGUUCACAUCUGUGUCUUCAGCACCUAGAACGGUGUUAGGCACACAGUAGGCCUUUUGUUAAUGUUUAUGGAAUGAAAUGCUGUAGAAAAGUCAGGUAAGAUAAAGACAAAAGGGCAUGCACUGGGGCUAGGGGUGAGGUCAUUUGUGGUGGGGGCCUCGGGGCAGUGGAGGGGUAUCAGCCAGUUUGCAGGGAGCUGCUUUCGUGGUUGUGCCUACGCCUGAGGCUUCUCCUGGAGCUGCGUAUGCCCAUGGCGUGGCCCCUGAGGACCCGAAAAUACAGACUGGAGGUGAUCUGUUAGCGUAGGACCAGAGCAGAGGAUUGUAAGCGGUGUGUUUUGUUUCGUUUUUGUAAGCCAGCGAAGUGGCCUUUUUUUUGCCAUUGGAACAGGUUCUGAGGCUUGCUAUGUUCCUGGAGAAAUUCUGACCAAUCUUCAGCUUCCUUUUUCAUUUUUUUAUACCUCCCUUUGGGAUGAUGUUUUUCAGGUUUUUAAAAAGCUGCGGAACCCUGGGUUUGAUGACUUUUGACCUAAAGGCCCAUUAGGACAAUCAGAUAAGAGCAGAGCCGACCUGGCCGUAGGGAUGGUUGCUGCUCAAAGCACAUGCUCCCAGCUCUGCCUCCAGUCCUCUGUGGGGGCCCCGAGGAAUUCCUAGGGGCCUCCCUGUCCUGAAGACACGUGAGACGGAACUCAGGUGGCAGAUAAGGAGACCCCGGGUUUCAGUAGGGUGAAGAGAUGGUGCUGAGGAAGCAGGAGGCCCCUCUUGUCCGGGUUCUCUCUUGGCUUCCUCAUUUGAACCGUAGAUCUUAGGCAUCUCCUUACUUUUGGAUUUUUGGUUCUCUCGGGUCCCCUACUUUUAAGCUCACGCUUUGUAUCUUGCAUACCACCUGGCUCGCCCUGUGCCCUUGACGGAAGCGUGUUUGAACGUCUGGGGCUUAACUUUGAUUGAAUGUGACAGGUGUCACUGAACGUUGGAUCUUUUGCGUUUGUCUUGUUGCUGAGGCAGCUGUACCGUAAGCUUUCCCGAUUCACUGUCCCUCUGGUGGGUGCCUAGGAGAGCCACAGGGAGGUGAUGCGGCUGUUGGCGUGGAAGGCGAGGCGACCUCCCAGGCACCGGGGCCAGGAGGUUCGGAUGUUUGUUCGUUUCUUUAAAAACCUGCGGUGACUCCCUGGCUCCCCGGCAGCCUCCCGUGCUGCUUGGCUUGAGCAGAGACGCUCACCACGUGCCAUGUUCAUUCCUCU